CUACAUGUGAUGCGCCCUCCUCGCGGUGCCCUUCAGCUUCAGCCGCAGUUCCAGGGGCGCCACAUGGACCUGGCCGGCCCGAGCGCGCUCUGCCACUGACCGCCCGCCCGCCCGCGCCCCGGCCCCGGCCCCAGGAAGCAGAGAACUCCUGGCCACAGUCGCAUGUGAGCUGUGACCCUCCGAGGAGCCGCUGAAAACUCAAAGCCAUCACCAUGGAGUUCGUGAUGAAACAGGCCCUGGGAGGGGCCACCAAGGACAUGGGCAAGAUGCUCGGGGGCGACGAGGAGAAGGACCCUGACGCCGCCAAGAAGGAGGAGGAGCGGCAGGAGGCGCUGCGACAGGAGGAGGAGGAGCGCAAGGCCAAGUACGCCAAGAUGGAGGCCGAGCGCGAGGCCAUGCGCCAGGGCAUCCGCGACAAGUACGGCAUCAAGAAGAAGGAGGAGCGCGAGGCCGAGGCCCAGGCCGCCAUGGAGGCCAGCGCGGAGGGCAGCCUGACGCGGCCCAAGAAGGCCAUCCCGCCGGGCUGCGGGGACGAGCCGGAGGCAGAGGAGGAGAGCAUCCUGGACACGGUGAUCAAGUACCUGCCCGGGCCGCUGCAGGACAUAUUCAAGAAGUAACGCCCCUGGAGCUGGACAGGAGCCCGGAGCCCCGCCCCUCGCCCACCCCCGUCCUGCCCUCCGCGGAGGCGCCUGAAGGGAUGUCGGGAGCAG